AUGCUGGGUGCUUUCGAUUGGGGUCUGGUGAUGUUUACCAAGUCAAAGUUGGAUAUUUGCGAAUCCAUCGUCAAUCCUGAGCUGUGCGAUAAGGGAUACGGGCGCUCAGGGGGCGGCUGUUGCGCUGAAGCUGGAUGGCGUCCAUUGGGGGCUCAAUUAAUGUCCUCAGCCGCACCCGUGACAGCACAACCUCAGUCGUCUGGUGUUUUCAGAAAUAGCACAUCCACCGCUCUACCCCCCGCUCUUCACCCCAGGCAGACGAAUCAGGGCCUCCCGGAGUAUCCGAUGGUUCUGGAAGCGCAGGCCACCUUUCCCGUCCAUCCAAAGGGCGGACAGCCAGACAAUGCAACGAACCACACCCAGCUGCAGAUGUUUGCAUAUCCAGCAAUCGGCUCCCCUCAAAGUCAUCGCAUGCAGCAUGCGAGGCCUAUCGAGCAGGAGGCCGAGUCCACGGCUAAACUCAAUACAUCUAGCACCGAUGCCAGCCUGACCGACUUCUCUUACCUCCAACUGCAACAUAGGGUGGAGGAUCUAGAGAUGAGUUGGAGCAGAGUGUCUCUCUUACGCUGCGCCGUUACGGCUCCCGCGACGAAGUGGCUGUUCCUUGGAAGACUACGAAACUCAUCUCAAGUUCCUAGCUCACCCCGGAUACUCCACCUACUGAUCUGCGUUCGCGAAACAUCUAUCUUGCUCCAAGCGUCCGUGUCCUUUGAGCGCUCUGUGAUAGGCGUUUUAACAAAUUCACAGACGGCUACUGAAACUUCAUGGCUCCCAUUCGACCUUUCUUUUGCCGCCUCACCCUUAUCGAUAACAUCUCAUGACUGCGACCCAAGCAAUGCAACUGAGCUUUCACUGUUGGGUGCAAGACGGUGGAAAAGCGACCCAAGAGAAAGAAAUGUCUCACCUUCUCCAAAGCCCCGGAACCCACACUCCGUGCUAGGCUGUUUCCGUCGCUGCCAAAGGGAGUCCCAGAGUGGCAGCGCCAAGAAGACCACCCUAGCUGACCACCACAACACCAGCACCGAGAUAACCGUUCUCCUGACUGACCUUCUCACUGGCGACCGGUACGUUGGCUCAGCCUUGCCUGUUCAGCCCUAUGGAACAUCGCAAAUUCCAGCCCUGAACCUUCACCGUUUUCCCAUACGCCCCUCCAAUCAUGAUGCUGAACCUGCUGAUACCUUACUAUGUGGAAAACUGGAAAGUGACGCAGAACUACUAGGAUCUUUCCAGGAUGCAUGCAUGAAGACUGCACCAAUUUUUCGAUAUUGCAAGUUUCAUUAUCUGGUGGCUGGUCGUGGGAAUGAGGGCAGUUGCGCGAAAAGCGGUGAACACAUCGAGAAUUCUUUUGCGAGGUUGCAUCGAUUAAGCUUAAUUUUAGCCGAAAAUGUCACAUGGCAUCUCAACUUUCGACUGCGACUUCAACCCACAGCGGUAUCUGAGGCAACCUUAACGCUAAGUUCCGCAUAUUUAGACAUCUUUCCCUCCAGAUACCUUCCAAUAUGCUUAAUCUACUUCCUUUCUCAUCCACCGUUUGGUGGGGAACUGUUUCCGGGCAUAUUUACUGAGGUCUGGAAACGGUCCUGGAGCAAGUUAGUCACCCGCCCCCAAGACAUGAACGCAGGUCCCAACACCAGGAAUCGGUAUCGCGAACAUCAGUACAUCGACGUGGCGACACUGAGGCAAAACCUUGCUUCAAAUCAUGCCCGUGUCUCACUGUUUUCCCCCAUCACGUCAUCAAUGAAGCCAAAAAGGCUGAAGAUUAGGCACCCUAGAAAAUACGACGCUGACCUCAUAGAGGCAGCUCAGGGAGCGGUAAAGCCAGUACCAGCAGUUACUCACGACUCUAUCAAACGAGAUCUUAUCCCUUCGGCCUUCAAGCCCUACCAACUAGCUAUGAGCAAAUUCGUGGCAGUGGGUACUUCUAAUGAGCCUCAAGGAACCUUCAUCAAAGCGCCGCUAGUCAGUUGCAUCAAGUCAUAUCUUAAGUGGCUUGUUCGUAACUCUGGCGUCCUGGAUGAGAAGAUUGCGGAAACUACGAUUUCAAACGAUCUGUGUGCUCUGAAACGUGCGAUAAAGCUGCACAUAGAACAUUGGUACACCAAGGCUGACAGUAUUAACCUGAGACUGUUCCUAAGCUUACAUAGUCUCCGUGAAGGACCUGCCAGCACCUCACUGAAUUUCUCUAGCAAUGCGAUGAGUACUAGAACUAUCAUUCUCACAUUCGACUUUAACUCCAUUCCAUACUUCUCUCGUACACGUAUAUGGGAAAUCUACCUGGUGAUCUCGUGGAAUCAGAAGCAUGGAGAUGGAGUAAUGAAGAGAAUCGCAAAUAUCGCAGAGGAGAUGAGAAAUAAGGUUAAGCCUGCUCCUCUCUUUUUACAGUACGCUGAUGCAGAUGUGCCCAGUGACUGCUUCUCCUUGCAUUUGACCUGGCCAAUGGGGAAAACACUUUUGGAGAAUCGCGAGGCAUUCUUGAUAAUAGCUCGUUCGCCCCAUCUCGUUAUCUUUAAGCACGCUCUCAAUAUGAACUUGACCGCGAAGCUACUGGCACGACCGUCUAGGCCUCACUUCGCAUACCCUAUUAAAGGGUUGGAUGAGUAUAUGUCACCUUAUUUAGUGUUCGCGUUGGUGUCGCUCCAAAAAAGAACAAAGGUGAAAUGGUGCAUCACCGAGAAGAAGUGGUUCACGUAUGCACUUGGAAUGACGGUGACUUCCAGUCUAAAUGGAAGAGUUCCCGGGAGCUAUUUUCCUCAUGUCGAUGCUCACAUUUCACCCAAAAGAUACAUUAGUGCUUGUGGAACCGUUGCGGCUAUCCCACUGCAAGCUACGAAGAGCUGUCAGCUCAUGUCUCCACUCAAUAUGAUAUCCCUAGCACAUGGACAAUCCCAACGAAGUGUUAUAUUUGCUACGAGCACGCGUGCUAGGUCAUGUCUGAGCGUUAGUGGGUUGUACACCUUCAAUGGCAUCCCCGGGAUCUGGAGGACAUCCGUCGAUUCUUAA